AUGGAGGGACUCAGACUACCAGGAAUGCUGGAUUUCCAGAUGAAAAACCUUGCACCAGCAGGGAAGCAGUGGAAGCAAGAAUUAAGUCUGUAUACGUAUCUGCCCAUGGGAGAUAAAGAUGUGAAAAUGAAAAUUCAUGGUGGACUGCUCAAAAAGAAGGAAGAUGCAGAGAAUGCUCUAGAGCUGUGCACCAAUGAAUCUGCUGAGGCUGAAAGGUGUGAAAGCAUAGAGCUUGAUGAUGAAAUACGAAAUCUGAUAGAGAAGAACAGUAUUGCACAGUACCAUGAGAACUUGGAGUUCAUUGCCCAAGAACGUGUGCUCAAACAGAUGACUUCGUGUUCCCUGAAGACCUGCAGUAAAACAGACAUCCAAAGCCUCUUUCAACUGCCACAGACAGGCAUGAAUGGCUCGGAAACUUCAGCAGACCAGUUACAGUGUACGUUACUGACAAAAAAGAAGAAGAUACCAACAGAUACCCUUGAACAACAGAUCAGAAUACUGGAAAGACAGAGACAAGAGCUGCUGGAGGUGAACAAGCAAUGGGAUCAACAAUUUAGAAGUAUGAAACAGCACUAUGAAAUAAAGCUUGCAGAAGUGAAAGCGAAACUGAGUGCAUCACAGAGGAGUAUCAGUGAGCUGGAGAAAGAAAGGCACCGGCAUCAGCAAGAGUGUGAAGCAGCCCUGGCCAGAGAUGGACCGCUUCAGGAAGCGAAAGAAAAAGAAAUCCUAAAUAAAGCAUUGAAUGAACUGAAGGAAGAGAACAAGCUCCUGAAGGAACAAAAAGCUUCAGUGACCAAAAAGAGAGAGUACUAUGAAUGUGAAAUAAGUCGCCUCAACAAGGCCCUUCUGGAUGCACUGCAAAAGCAACACCCGUCCGUUUUUGUGCCUCAUUUGGAUAAGUCUGACAGGAACUGCAACCAUGAAGAGAUGAGGACCCAAUUGGAAGUUCUCAGACAGCAGGUACAGAUAUAUGAAGAAGACUUUAAAAAGGAGAGAUCUGACCGAGAAAGACUUAAUGAAGAGAAAGAAGCACUGCAAAAACUUAAUGAAAGAUCACAGUCCCAACUGAACAAGCUAAAUUCUCAGAUAAAAGCAUGUUGGCAAGAAAAGGAACUUCUAGAGAAGCAAUUAAAGCAACAGACAAAAGACCUCCCUGUGCCAUCUGAGAGGUGCUGCUUCCCGCCUCAGAUGUUCCUUCCAUCUUGUGUUAAUUAUGGAAACUGUGGAUUAGUUCUCCACUACCAAGACCCUCGAGUACAUAUGGCAUCACGGGGCAUGUAUGAUCAGCAACAGCACCCUCCAGACUAUCAAUGGUAUGUUCCGGACCAGUUUCCGCCAGAUGUGCAGCACAAGGCAGAUGAUACUUCCUCAGAGAAAGAAGUCCAUCACUGAAAGCAUAUGAACUAGAG